CCAGCGUUUUCAGCCGCCACUGUAGAAAUCAGAAUUUAGACCUCUUUGCUGUCAGAUACACUGCUGAAAUUAUCCAGUAAAAUCCAGAGAGACCCUCCGUCUAAAAAAAUACCCUCACCAAUCUCAUCUCGCUAACGACUUCACAUUCAAACUCAAGAUCCAUCGAUCCGCGAUCAAAACUUCGAGGGUUUCCUUUUCUUUUUUUUCCUAUUCGAGAGGGUUUAGGGUUUUAGUCGAUGCGUGGCGAGAUUGAGAUCGAUGGGGCAUAACUCGAAGAAGAAGAAGAAGAAGAGCAGAGGGAGGGCUGCUCCCAAGGACCACUCCUCUCUUUCUGCCGAGGAUCAAGAGCUUCUCUCUGAAGAGCUCACUGCACUUGCUGCGAUAUUUCAAGAUGACAUCAAGAUUGUUACAGAAUCAUCUUAUACUCGGUUUGACAUAAAUCUCAGGCCUUACUCAAAUGACAUGGUUGAUGAAGAUCUCAAUGUUUCAGCCCGUCUUUCAAUAAGAUGCCUACCUGGCUAUCCUCACAAGUGUCCCAAGAUACAGAUUGUCCCACAGAAAGGGUUGCCAAAGAUGGAUGCUGAUAGGCUCCUCUCUUUGCUUGUUGAUCAGGCAACUAUUAAUGCACGAGAAGGACGGGUGAUGAUCUUCAAUCUGGUGGAGGCUGCUCAAGAGUUUCUAUCAGGGAUUGUGCCUACUGAACAGUCACUUGAGAAUGUAAGUUCUUUCAAUAUCGUGCAGACUAAUCCUGGUUUGGCCUCUACAAGGAAGGAACACUUAAAUUAUAAGGAUCCUGCAGGGAGAUGCUUUUCUGAAGGACCAUAUGUUUAUGUAUCUGUCGAUCUUUACAAUGAUUUAAGUGGUGAUGGAGCAUCCUGGAGCAGUUGUGUUCCAAAAGCUACAAAUACGAACUCUGGUAUAGUAAUCAGAGAAGAAACUCGAUUCAGCCAAGUGGGAAGAAAGAAUAACUUGUCAGAUUCCUAUGAUGUGGGCAAUUCUGUAAAUAUUGUCAAAGAUGGUCAAUUGUUUCAGCAUACCAAAGCUGAAGUGUCGACUCCUGUAAUACAUGGUGCAAUGCCACGGGUAACUAAAAACUUAAAUGUUCUGAAAGAAGAAACUGAAAAUGAUGAUAACAGUGUAUCUCCCAGGAAACAUAACCUUCAAGCAGCACUGGAUAGUUUCAAGGGGGUUUAUGAGAGCACAUUGGAAGAGCAAGGGUUCGAUCUGGAGGAAGCAGCAGACGUUGGUAGUUGUGAGACAGAACAUGAAUAUCUGACUUCAUCUUCUUUUACAUUUGAUAGUGAAUCACAGAUCAGGAAAAAAGAUAUAUUUAUGAUACAUUUGCUUCGCCUGGCUUGCGCUUCCAAAGGAUCACUGUCUCUUUCUUUCCCAGAAAUAUUAUCUGAACUUUACAAAUUAGGGUUAUACUGUUUGACUGCGUACUUAUUUCGGAACAAAUCAGAUGCUUUCAGAGCAAGCUAUCGCGAAGCUUUUGCUCAUGCUUUUGAAGAGCGUAUGACUUCUUCUAGAAUUUCACAGUUCUGGAAAGCCAUUAGCAACUUCAAUGAGGACAGUGCUUCUUCUCCUCCAAACUCCCGUUAUUUAAAUGACUUUGAGGAAAUCCGUUCACUUGGUCGUGGAGGUUUUGGACAUGUGGUAUUGUGCAAAAAUAAGCUAGACGGACGACAGUAUGCAGUUAAAAAGAUUCGACUUAAGGAUAAAGAUGUCCAUGUCAAUGAAAAGAUUUUGAGGGAGGUAGCCACGCUCUCGCGUUUACAGCAUCAACAUGUCGUCCGAUAUUAUCAGGCAUGGUUUGAAACUGAAUGUGGUAACUAUCAUGGAGGCACUAUUUGUGAUUCAAGAACUGCAGAGAGUUGCAGUUGGAGCUUCAUGAGUAGCAGCAUACCAAAUGAUAUUGUGUCAGAUAACUCGCAUGAAUCCACAUAUUUAUACAUACAAAUGGAGUAUUGUCCAAGAACUUUACGCCACGAUUUUGAAUCAUUCAAUGCAUCUUUCGACAAGGACCAAACAUACACUUGGCUUUUGUUUCGGCAAAUUGUAGAAGGCCUAGCACAUAUACAUGGUCAUGGAAUCAUACAUCGGGAUUUGACUCCUAGUAAUAUAUUUUUUGAUGCUCGUAAUGAAAUUAAGAUUGGGGAUUUUGGCCUUGCCAAGUUCCUAAAGCUAGAGCAAUUGGAUCCUGAUCAGUAUUUCCCAACUGAAGCCACUGAAGUUUCAACAGACGGAACUGGUCAAGUGGGUACCUUUUUUUAUACAGCACCUGAAAUUGAGCAGAAGUGGCCACAGAUAAAUGAGAAGGUUGACAUGUACAGCCUAGGAGUUGUAUUCUUUGAGCUGUGGCACCCUUUUGCAACAGCAAUGGAAAGACAUAUCAUUCUUUCUGAUCUUAAACAGAAGGGUGCACUUCCUUCAUCCUGGGUUUCAAAAUUUCCAAAGCAGUCGGCAAUUCUUAAGCGUUUAAUGUCCCCGAGCCCAUCAGAUCGUCCCUCUGCUACUGAGCUUCUGCAGUUUGAUUUGCCUCCUAGAAUGGAAGAUGAGUGGCUCAAUGAUAUCUUGCGAACUAUUCAGUCUCCAGAUGACACAUAUGUGUAUGACCGGGUUGUUUCUACAAUAUUUGAUAUGAAUAGACUAAUUGCAAAAGAUCAUCAUGAACAAGAUGGCAGUACAAUGAUGACUGCAAAUGAGUCUUCCUUUAUACAAUAUUCAGAACUAGAUACUGAACUUCGAGACAAUGCAAUUGAGGUUGUCAAGGCAGUAUUUAGACAGCAUGGGGCAAAGCGGUUGGAGAUAUCGCCAAUGCGCGUGUUGGAUGGCUAUCGUCCCAUUGACAGGAGGUCUGUAAAGGUUUUGACUUCUGGAGGGGAUAUGCUAGAGCUUUGUCGCGAGCUAAGAUCACCUUUUGUUAAUUGGGUUGCUAGAAAUCAGAAAUCGUCUUUCAAACGUUAUGAAAUAUCUUGGGUAUACAGGAGAGCUGUUGGCCACUCCACUCCUAACCGUUUCCUUCAGGGAGAUUUUGAUAUUAUUGGAGGUGCCACAGCAUUAACUGAGGCAGAGGCUAUUAAGGUAGUAAUGGACAUCACAAACCGGUUUUCUCAUCUAGAUUCAAUUGAUAUCCGUCUCAAUCAUGGCCAAAUUUUGGAAGCAAUAUGGUCGUGGGUAGGAAUUGCGAGUGAGGCCCGACAAGUUGUAGCCGAGCUUCUGUCUUCAAUUGGGUCAUCUCAUCCACAGUCCACUAGACAUAAAUCAAACUGGGGAUUUAUCCGGAGGCAGCUCUUGCAGGAUCUUAAACUCCCUGAAGUAGUUGUUGACAAACUACAGACAGCAAGUUUAAGGUUUUGUGGAUCUGCAGAUCAGGUCCUCGCAAGACUAAGAGGAGCCCUUUAUCCAGAUAAAUUUUCUCAUAGAGCGCUCGAGGAGGUGUCAACUCUUUUAAGUCAUUUAAGAGUGUGGAAUAUUGACGAAAACAUUUCUCUGGAUGUACUCAUGCCUCCUACAGAAGAUUAUCACCGGGGUCUUUUUUUCCAAAUAUAUUUAAAAGGAAAUGCUCAAGAAUCAGCAUCUGAGGGCACUUUGCUUGCUGUUGGCGGUCGCUAUGACUUUUUACUUCAUCAAAUGUGGCAUGAAUAUAAAUUCAACCCUCCUGGUGCAGUCGGAGUCAGCCUGGCGCUGGAGAAAAUUCUUCUUCGUUGUCCUAUUGAUGUCGGGCCCUCCAGAAUUGAUCCCAGUAUCAAUGUGCUUGUUUGUUCAAGAGGUGGGGGAGGAUUACUACACGAGCGCAUGGAAUUGGUUUCUGAGUUGUGGCAAGCCAAUAUAAAGGCUGAGUUUGUUCCUCUCUCAGAUCCAAGCCUCACUGAACAGUAUGAAUAUGCAGCUGACCAUGAUAUCAAAUGCCUGAUUAUAAUAACUGAGGCUGGUGUAUCUCAAACAGGUCUAGUCAGGGUUCGUCAUCUUGAACUGAAGAAAGAGAAAGAUGUAGAGAGAGGGGAGAUAAUAGAUUUUUUGUCAGAGGCAGCAGGUUCUGUACAUACCCGGGAUCUAAAGAAGUGGAAUUGAGCCAUUAUCGUGUUACCAUGCUGGAAUAUAUUCUUCAGCCAUGAACGGUUUGAAUACGAUGGAAAAUUCAGAGUGCUUGCUUAUGAUGGGAUAUACCAUCCUUUCGAUGACAGCGGGACAUAUAUUGGGAGAAUUUUCAUCCUAUUUCAAGAAGGAUGGGAAGUAUCAACGUUGUCAUUCAAAGAGAGAGAGCAGGAGAAGAAAAUUCAAGAGCAGCAUGUACGUAGACCUUCAAACAGAUAUAAGGCAGAGAUUAACAUGUAAAUAUAAAAAUUUUGCGGUUGAUUGUCGAGUCUGUCAGCAAUAUAAACUUCUUGUUGUAUAGGUGUAUCGUGUAUGCCUGUUCCAUAUGUAUAAAUUUUUUUUGGAACUACUGUAUUCCUUGAAAUGUCAAUAAAUAGGUUAUUGACAGUUGGAGAGACGUAGUUCUCUCACUUUGUGAGAGUUUCUGUAUCAAUUAUCUCAAUAAAUAGGUUAUUGACAGUUGGAGA